UGUGGGUGUACUCACAGCCCUUACGGUUCAGACGACCCAGAACAUAGGGAAUUGCCCGAUACACACACACACACAACUCCGAUUUUUAAAAUCUCUUCUGUGAAUGUUCCUCUCCCUCUCUUCUGUUGUCUGUUGGUGUUGCUAUGACGCCGAUAUACUCAAAGUUCUGUUGUCUGUUGGUGUUGCUAUGACGCCGACACUCAAAGUUCUUUUUUUUUUUUUUGUCUUUCUCGUUCCUAUAGGCCUGGAAGAGCGCCCCCACAUGGCAGGGUCAGAGAUUGCUAUGUUCCGCCGCUACUCCAGAAGAGGUGACGGUGAUGUAUCAGAAUGGGCUGCCGGUGAUCUCGGUGAGCCUGCCGUCGCGGCGUGAGCGCUGCCAGUUCACCAUGAAGCCGCUGAGUGACUGCGUGGGCGUCUUCCUCCAGCAGCUCCAGGCCGAGGACCGCGGCAUCGACCGCGUGGCCAUCUACGCCACAGAUGGGACGAGGGUGGCGUCCUCCACCGGUAUUGAUGUGCUUCUGCUGGAUGACUUCAAGCUGGUCAUCAACGACACCACAUACCUGGUGCGACCGCCGAGCAGAGAGCUGCUGGCCCAUGAGCAGGCUGAGCGGCUGAACGAUGUGAAGUUCCUGGUUCAGCAGCUGUACACCACGCUGCGCAUCGAGGACCACCAGCUCACCAAAGAGAGAGAGCUGGUCGUUCGCCUGGAGGAGCUCCACUCCGAAAUGCGCCCACUGGAAAAGGUGAAAGAUGCGCUGAACCGCAAGGCGGAGCGUCGCACCACCUGGGUGCUGUGGGGGGGUAUGGCCUACAUGGCCACGCAGUUUGGCAUCCUGGCGCGCCUCACCUGGUGGGAGUACUCCUGGGACAUCAUGGAGCCCGUCACCUACUUCAUCACCUACGGAACCGCCAUGGCCAUGUACGCCUACUUCGUGCUCACGCGCCAGGAGUAUGUGUACCCUGAUGCCAGAGACAGACAGUACCUACUAUUCUUCCAUAGGGGGGCAAAGAGGACACGCUUUGACAUUGAGAAGUACAACAAACUGAAGGGAGCUAUCGCUGAGGUAGAGUUAGAUCUCAAGCGUUUGCGAGACCCUCUGCAGCUCCAGCUCCCUGUCCAGCAGCUCACCGCCAGCAAGGAUUGAUGGAGAGAGAUCAUCCAUCCAUCCCUCUCUACCCUUCCCCUCUCCCCCUCAUCUCUCUAU